AUGGGUCGAAAAAAUAGGAACCCCGCCUGGCGGGAGGCCAAUAUCUGGGAAAAGCCCGAACCCGCUCGGAGAUACAGCACUUGGGCAACGACAACAUGGAGGACGAGCACAUGGGGCAGCGAUCAUGCCGACCCCGAUCCCGAUCCCGAAGCUCACAUACAACCUGAGGAGCAGCAGGAGGAGGAGGAGGAUGGGGAGGAGAAGGUGACAAAGAAGAAGAAGAAGAAGCCAUCAAUAUGGCGGUCUUUGGCGUGUGGGAUGAAGACAGCCCUAGCCUGCGACAUGUUCAAGCCCGCUUUCCCCUGGAUCGCCCAUCUCCGCUGCCAUUUCCUCGCAUUCAACGUCUCCUCCACCACUCAGGAACGAGGAACCGGCGGAAAAGGAGGCCCAUCAACACCACCCAUGUUUCGACUUUUCGACUGGACCCUGAGUCCUCGAGGAAACAUCAGACAAGACGCCUUGAUCUGGUACUUGGGGUGGCGAUGA